AUGCGGAUCAACGUCCAUGUCCGGGAGAAGACCAUCGCUGUCCAGUGUGGGGAUGGCAUUCAGGCUGUCAUCUGGCUUGCCCGUGUCGGUGUCUGUCGCUUUGACGCCAGCUACGGUGAGGAGCUGGGUCAGCCUGUCGGAGUCCGGCUCGAGGACGGUGUUCGCCUCGAUCCGGCCGCCAUUGUGGCAGAGACACUGGAAGAUGACGGCCAUGUCUGGGUUGUCCUUGCCGACGACGUCCAGCCAUCCGGGGCUCCCUCCCCGGCCACUGGCCCGUGA